AGCAGUUAGAACAAUAUGUUCAAUGUGCAGAAAGUCUUUCAAUCCACCAUUACGAGAAAAACCAACAAUUUUGGGCUCGAAAACCAGAUGCUUUGGAACUAAUAGGAUGCGAUGUUUCGCCUUCCACAAGAACAUUGAAAAAAUCUUGAUACUGGGGAAAUAAUAAACUUCAUUGAGAUUAUAAAUGAUUCGGCAGGAGCCGAUGCCACUAAUUCAAUAUCUUUAAAUAGACUUCCAAAUCCGCCAAAUGAAACAAUUAAAGGAAAUGCCUUAUACAAUCCGUUUUGGCCAGCGAGUUUUUCCGAACCAAACCAGGAUUUAACAAAACAUAAUUUACUGGAAAAUCAAAAUGGUAUCAACUUUUAUAUAGGAUUGGACAAAAGAAAUUUUGAUUGUCUGUAGAACUUUGUUGAUCCUUGUUCUUAGAAUGUUUUCUAUAAAGAAAAUUCUUAGCUGAUUUAUAGAAACAUAUAAAGUAUUAAAAACUUGAAAAAUUAUUGCGGGAUCUGGUCAGAAUUUUAAAAGUAACUUUCAAUUCAUUUAUUUCAUUUUUUUAUAAGUUUCACUACAUUUGUAGUACAGAUUCUCACAAAAGUAUGGGGCAGAAUGUUUGUGAUUUAAUUCCAGAUGCCUGAAAUGUAGUUUUGGACAAAACAAUUUAGAGCUGAUAUACAAUACAAAUCUAAACCUGACAUGGUAUAAUAGUGAUGUAUUUAAAAUCUAGGAACAUUGAUAUGGACUUGCAACCAUACCUCAGCCAUAAAUAUAUAGAAACCAAUAACUGAGAGUUAUAUUAUCUAGUUAUUGUCAAAAUUGUUAACUGUACCCCCAGGAUUCUCAAGAGGAGUAACAAUUGAUAAGGAAGGCAAAACACAACUUAAAACUAAAGAUUAUAUAAAUAAAUCAAAUUCUGAAAAUAUUGUUGAUUUGUUAGACCUACUCAAUUGGGAUGAAGAUUUAUUAGGUGUGUGGAACACAAACUUAAAUGAGAAUACUGAAAGUCAGGAUGUCUCUCAGGAUCUUGUAAUGUUACCAGAGGAAGAAGAGGUCCUUCCUAAAGAAAUGACAGCUGUCAUUAAUUUAAGUGUUCUGCCACCGCCCACUGCUCUUAAGGGAAGCGAAUGGGCAAUUUUAUUAGACACCUCAAAGCCCGUUAAGGAUUUUGAUAAACAAAUUCCGGAUAUGGCGAAAAAAUUUAAUUUUGAAUUGGAUAUUUUUCAACAACUGGCAAUUUUGCAGCUAGAGAAGCAUAAUCACGUUUUUGUUGCGGCGCAUACAUCAGCUGGAAAAACCGUUGUUGCAGAAUAUGCGAUAGCUUUAUCUCAGAAGCAUAUGACUCGAGCGAUAUAUACGUCUCCAAUAAAAGCAUUGUCAAACCAGAAAUAUCGCGAUUUUAGGGAAGAAUUUAACGAUGUUGGUCUGAUAACCGGCGACUUUCAAAUAAACCAAAAGGCAUCCUGUCUAAUCAUGACAACAGAAAUUUUGAGAUCCAUGUUAUAUUGCGGCAGUGACAUUACUAGAGAUUUGGAGUACGUGAUCUUUGAUGAGGUGCAUUACAUAAAUGAUAGAGAGAGGGGUCAUGUUUGGGAACAAGUGCUGAUAAUGCUUCCUGCACAUGUUUGUGUGGUUUUGCUUAGCGCAACAGUUCCUAAUACUAUAGAAUUUGCCGAUUGGCUCGGUAGGACUCACCAAAGAAAGGUCUAUGUGGUAACAACUUCAAAAAGACCUGUACCCUUACAACAUUUCCUUUAUACUGGGUAUGGUGGCAGCAGCAGGAAUAAUAGAUUUUUGAUAUUGGAUGCAGACAAUUGGUGCAAAGAAGGUUACACCAAAGCUCGGGAAGCUUUAGAACAGCCCAAAAAUCAGCGUCAAACUAAAAAUCUGAAUUUGUCACAAGAAAAAACACUUUGGACUGGUUUAGUGUCUCACCUAAGGAAAAAUGAUUUGUUACCUGUGGUGGCUUUUAUUUUCUCUAGACAAAAAUGUGAUAGAAAUGCCGAAGUUCUAUCUAAUUUAGAUUUAACAACGCAAAAGGAAAAAUCCCAGAUUACCAUAUUUUUCAACAAAUGUUUAAGGUGUUUGAAGGAACCCGAUCAAAAGAUUCCGCAAAUUGUUAAAAUGCAAGACAUUCUCAAUCGAGGAAUAGGAAUUCAUCACAGUGGUGUUUUGCCUAUUGUCAAGGAGAUAGUAGAGAUGCUUUUUCAGAAAGGUCUUAUAAAGAUUCUUUUCGCCACUGAAACAUUUGCAAUGGGUGUUAAUAUGCCAGCUCGAACAGUGAUUUUUGAUUCUAUCCAAAAACACGACGGAGUCGAGUUGAGGAAUCUUUUGCCAGCAGAGUAUAUCCAAAUGGCCGGUAGAGCUGGCAGAAGGGGAAAGGACGAAAGAGGCACAGUAAUUAUAUUGUGUAAAUGGCAAAUCCCGCUAGACACUGACCUUAGAGCAAUGAUGACAGGACUGCCCAGUAAGUUAGUAAGUCAGUUUAGACUUACCUACGGGAUGGUACUGAGUUUAUUGAGGGUGGAAAGUCUAAGUGUAGAGGGGAUGAUGUCACGUAGCUUUGCCGAAGCAGAUCAUCAAAAAAAUGUGACCGAUAUACGAAAAGAGCUUGAAAAAACUGAACGACAAUUGGAAGAAUUAAAUAUGCACCAACUCAGUGGCUAUUUGGAACCAUUGGUGAAAUACUAUGAUGCGGCCGCAGCAUAUUUAAACAAGAGGAGUAGUAUACUGCCAGGUAUUUUGAAUACACAUAAACUACAUAAGGCAAUGCAACCAGGAACAGUAGUAGUAUUAACUAAGAGAAAUUACGUAAAUCAUCUAGGACUUAUAUUGUCAGUUGACCAAGUGAAAAAAAACUGUUCUUAUAAAGUUCUAGUUCUUGAUCAUUUGGUGGAAAACCAGGAAGAGAGUAGAGAUGAUUUAUGGUAUCAAAUGAUUGCUCUAGCCCGAAGCAAGCUUUAUUUGCCACAUAAAAUUAAUCACACGGUGUUGACUGUAAGUGCUCUGGAUAUAUUUGAAAUAUCUUCAAAAACUUUGAAACUGAAUACUGAUUUAGUAUUAAAAGACUGGCAAAAGCGACAAAUGGAAAGAUUCAAAGAUGACCCACCAGGUCAAACUUGUGCGCAAGCAGUUCAAGAAUUGGAAAAACUUACCAUGCUGUACAACGAAAAUAGAAGAUCAAAUGUUUUAUCCUUUUUACAUUUUAUAGUGGAUCUUAAGAUAAAUGAUCAACAUUUGUUUCACCAUUUAAAGGAGAUGUAUGAACAGAAAGACAAGCUUCUGGAUUACAUACCAAGUACACAAAUUCCCAAUUUUGAGCAACAAUUCUUAGCGGUCUUUAAUAAGAAGUUCAUAGAAGAAAAAAAGAAGAAUCUGGAGUUUAAGUUAUCAAAUGCAAGUUUAAUUCUGUAUCCCGAUUAUCAGAACAGAAUCGAACUUUUGAGAAGAUUAAAUUAUGUUGAUGCAAAUAAUAGAGUGCAGCUUAAAGGCAGAGUUGCUUGUGAAAUGGGUAUGAAUGAGCUGUUUAUCACUGAAAUGGUUGUGGAUAAUAUUUUUGAGCACUUAACUGCGUCAGAAGUAGCCGCGCUGCUUUCUUCACUGGUAUUUAAAGUGAAGCUCAGAUUUGAUGGAAGUGAAUUUGAAGACGAUUUGACGCCGGCUUUAAAAAAGGGAAUCGAAAAAAUUAAGGCAAUUCAUCUUAGAAUUGCACAGGAGGAAUUGCAGUUAGAUAUACACACCGAAGAAUUUCAAGGUGAUCUGAAUUUUGGAUUGGUUCACAUUGUCCAUAGAUGGGCGAAUGCUGAGCCAUUUGUGGAUAUUAUGAAGCUUACAGAAAUUCAGGAAGGUAUAAUAGUAAGAUGUAUACAGCAGCUUAAUGAAACCAUUAUGGAUGUACGUGAUGCUGCAAGAAUCAUUGGUGAUCCCGAAUUACAAAGUAAAAUGGAGGAGGCUUCUACUUGUAUUAAACGGGAUAUUGUUUUCGCAGAUAGUCUGUAUACACAUGAUGAUAUUAAAGGUUAAGAUCAAAAACUUUUACUUUGUUAUUG